AUGGAUUUCAAUCAUCUUCGCUUUGAGAAUUACUAGCCGAAACAAUCCUUUUAUAUGAUGAAUAAAAUACUCAAACUUAUAAUUGCCAUAUAAUUGCUUUUAGUUUUUUUUAGGGUUUAUGUAAGGAAUUAAGAAACUUUUUUUUUAUCUGAUUGCUUAAAUGCAUGUAUGAUGAUACUUACAUAUUGUUAAAAAGUAUGAAACUAGACUAAAAUAUUAGAACUAUUGUUUAGCAUUGAUUACAAUGUUUUAUAUAUUCUCUUUGAUCUAUUUGAAUGCAAUCUUCUUUUUGUAAUUUGUUGAAUAUAAAUUGCCUUUUUUUAUAGAUGUUCACAAAAACUUUACAUUGAUGCUGGUAUGCUUUUCACAUCAAUUAGAUUUUCUCUACUUUGCUCUAUGUUUUUGAAUCGAUUAUGUUGUAUCAAAUAUAUAAAGAAUAUAAAGCAAUAAUUUAUGAUAUAAAUCAAGCAUAUUUAGACAAUUUUUAAUAAGAAUAAAUUCAUUAAGAAAUAGAGACUUUAUCUUUAUAAUAAUUACAACAAUCUUAACAACAUUUAAAUAAUUAAUAAUAGUAAGUUGAAUAAUCGAUAGAAAAUUAAUCUAUAUAGGAACCAAAUAUUGCUGCUGAAUCAGUAACAAGAAGAAUAAAUAGUUAAAAUUAAAGAAGGGAAUAGGAAAAUUAAGAAGAAUUAUAAUAAUGA